CAAAACUUUGUUGAAGGCGAGAACUUGCAGUGACAAUGGGGUCGAAGUGGGAUAUAUUCACGUUUACGACAACACUCCUACUCUUGCUUCAAAUGAUUACUUUUGUUGGUGCAAAGCAGAUAGGUGUUUGUUAUGGGUUGAACGGCGACAAUCUUCCUUCUCCAACAGAUGUGAUAAACUUGUAUAAGCAAAGUGGAAUUGGAUUUCUUAGAAUCUACGAACCAUAUCCGGAAGUACUCGAUGCCUUACGGGCAUCAGCACUUCUUGUUGCUGUUGGCCCUAGAAAUGAAGAAAUACCAAGUUUAUCACAAAGUUUAGAUGCAGCAAACGAGUGGGUUAAAGCUAAUAUUGCUCCCUAUGCUGACACUGUUGCUUUUAGAUGGAUCACCAUAGGCAAUGAAGUUAUCCCCGGCGAAUACGCUCCAUAUGUUGCACAAGCAAUAGAAAAUAUGCACAAUGCAAUUUCGUCUGCUGGGUUUGAUUAUAUUAUGGUGACUACAGUUGUUCCUUCAAAUGUUCUUGGUAACUCAUAUCCUCCAUCAGCAGGAGCUUUUUCUGAUGAAACAAGAUCAAAUAUGAUUGAUAUAGCAUCGGUUUUGAGUGAAACUGGUGCACCACUCAUGCUUAAUGUGUAUCCUUAUUUUGCUUAUGCUGCUGAUCCGUCUCAUAUUUCUUUGAAUUAUGCUUUGUUUAAUUCGACCGAAGCAGUUGUCAUUGAUGGCCAAUACAAGUACUAUAAUUUGUUUGAUGCCAUGGUGGACGCAGUUCAUGCAGCACUUGAAAGUGUCAACCAUGGAAAUGUGAAGAUUACGAUUGCUGAGACGGGAUGGCCGAGUGAUGGCAAUCCUCCUUUUAGUUCUAUAGAAAAUGCAGAGACUUAUAAUAAGAACUUUUAUGAUCAUGUGACGAAGCAAGGAACACCAAGAAGACCAGAUGAUGUGAUGGAAGCAUUUUUCUUUGAGAUGUUCAAUGAAGAUAUGAAACCAACUGAGGUCGACAAGCAUUUCGGAUUUUUUUAUCCGAAUAUGCAACCUGUUUAUCCAUUCUGGUGA